CCCUCCUCCGCACCCUGCCAGCCCCAAACCCAGCUCCCUACAGCCUCAGGCAGGGCUGGGCAGAGAGGAGGAGGAGGAGGAGAAGGAGGCCGGUCUCUUCUUCGCCUCCCCCUUCCCUGUCGCCGGGUUUUCUUGCAGCAUUUCCAUGCUAGAGGUCUCCACCGAGCUACGGAGAGAGGAUCUGCCUGGCUGCGCCGGGCCCUCUUCCUUCCUUUGUGCAUCCCCCAGCCCCGGGCAAGCCGUGUCCCCCGCCCCGGCCGCCACGUCCCCUCUUCGUCCCCUCCAGAGCCUCCCCCGGCCCUGGAGGCAGGAGGAAGUCGCCUCCCCGGGCAGGCAGAGCCGGGGAAGCGGCAAGGCACCGGCUGCCACGUCGUGCCACCCUCUUCCCGGCGCGGGCACCGAGGCCGCAUCCCCGCCCGCAUCCCUGCAUCCCUCCCCGCUCCGCUCCGCGGCGGCGGGGUCCCCGCUGGCGGAUGCUGCGCGCCUCCCCGGGCCGCUGGUGCUAAAUGCUGAGCGCCGACAGGAUGGAGGAGUUUCAGAGCGAGGAAGAGGAGCCCUGGUACGACCAGCAGGACCUGGAGCAGGACUUGCAUUUGGCCGCAGAGCUGGGGAAGACCCUGCUGGAGCGCAACAAGGAGCUGGAGGACUCCCUGCAGCAGAUGUAUGCCACCAACGAGGAGCAAGUGCAGGAAAUCGAGUACCUGACCAAGCAACUGGAGACGUUGCGGCAGAUGAAUGAACAGCAUGCAAAAGUCUAUGAGCAGCUGGACCUGACAGCACGGGACCUGGAGCUAGCUAACCAGAAGCUUGUGCUGGAAAGCAAGACAUCCCAACAGAAGAUACAGUGCUUGACAGAAACAAUCGAGGGGCUGCAGAACCAAGUGGAGGAGCUGCAGAAGCAGGUGGAGGAGAUGAGGAGCCUGGAGCAGCUCCGCAUCCGGCGGGAGAAGAGGGAGCGGCGCCGAACCAUCCACACCUUCCCCUGCCUUAAGGAGCUGUGCUCCAGCCCCAGGUAUGAGGACGCAUUCCAGAUCCAAAGCUCUUCCACAGAGUUCAACCAGAAGCCACUGGAGAGGGAGAACGAACGUCUCCAAGCCAUGGUGAACUCCCUCAGGUCCCAAGUCAACCAGGAGAAGCAGCGGAAGGAGAGGGUUGAGCGAGAAUACACUUCUGUUAUUCAGGAGUACUCGGACCUGGAGCAGCGGGUGUGCGAGAUGGAGAACUGCAAACUGCGCAUCAAGGAGCUGGAAGCAGAGCUCCUGGAGCUACAACAGAUGAAACAAGUCAAGAAGUAUUUACUCAGCAGAGAAGACAACUUAUCUGAGGCCCUCCUUGAGCCGCUGAAUAACGCCCCAGAAGCUGACUACAUUGACCUCUCUGAGGAGGAGGGAGGAAAAAGCCAUGGGCCAUCAAUGACACCUUCCCCAAACCACCCUGUCCGCAAGAGCUGCAGCGACACUGCCCUCAAUGCCAUCGUCACCAAGGAUGCUGUGAGCCGGCACGAGGGCAACUACACGCUGCAUGCUAACAACGUGCGCAAGAGGGGCAUGUCCAUCCUGAGGGAGGUGGACGAGCAGUACCAUGCCUUGCUGGAGAAGUAUGAAGAGCUCCUGAGCAAAUGCCGGCAGCACAAGGACAGCGUGCGCCACACAGGGGUCCAAACGUCCCGGCCCAUCUCCCGUGACAGCUCCUUCCGAGACUUCCGAGGAGAGGGACACGAGUUGGAAGAGCGCAAAAGCAUGGAGAAGACCAUCAGCAAACACGUGGAGGCCGUGGACAAGCGGCUGGAGCAGAGCCAGCCCGAGUACAAGGCUCUCUUUAAGGAGAUCUUCUCCCGCAUCCAGAAGACAAAAGCAGACAUCAAUGCCACAAAGGUGAAAAACAAGAGCAGCAAAUGAGUCCCUGCCUCUCCGCAAGUCCCGCGUGCAAUCGCAACAGCCACGUCUUCUCUUCAAGCCCCAGGAAACGCCACGUGGCCCCUCUGCUUUGAAGGUUCGAGAGGUCUACAAGCAAGACAACGUCACAGAGACUCAAUUCUCUUUAUGGAAGCUCUGGACAACUCGUUGGGAUAAUUGUACAUUGUAGUUAGAGGAUUCCAGAACCCGUAUGACGGAUCUCUGCAUGAGUGACUGCCGCUGCCAGACAUCACAAUAGCAAACCACACCGCAAAGAACACGGAUCACCUCCUCCACCCUUUGCAGCUUGUCUUACAGCCCAGUUAUCUGCAAGCAAAAGCCUGGAUGUCCUCCAGCAUCCUCCUGCAGCUGGAGUGUUUCAAAGUCAACCAAAAGCCAUUGGAACCCCAAGGGCUGCUCCAGCACACCGGCCCACUUUGGUGUGAUGGCUAGGAACCUAUGCUUGCACCCAAGAGAGCUCUGUCUACGCCUUUCCCUUCCCCAAAGGGCAGUAUGUUCUUGCUAUUGAAGCCAUUUCUCUUACCAGUCAGGUUUUUCAGCUAUUUUACAAUGCAAGCUUCUUGCAACUGGAAAAACUUGAAGAGAAACAGAUGAUUGUUCUGUCUUCAUCAGUGUCAUGUAGUGUUUCAGUCCAUACCCUCCAGACUUUGUAGGCACAUGGGAUUUCCUCGCUUUAUAUCUGCCCCAGGUGAAGCACUGUGCCUGGUAGGAACUCAAUGACCAGGGCUUUCCCAUAAGCUAGACAAAAAGUGCUAUUACAGUAUCAGAGACACACUUCCAUCCCAUGGUCUGGGUACCAGCCCUCUGUGCUGUGCUCUUCAAGAGGCUGUCAUUGCCCCACUGUAGCAAACUCCUUAAGCACAGCUUGCAUGGGCUUGCAGAACUGACUACCAGUGACCCGCAUGCAAGCAGAACGAUACAGCAUCUCUCAGUGCCAGGAGCUCUGACCCUGGCAGUAGCACUGACCACACAUUACCCCCCACUUUUGCUCUGUACAUCUCCCCGUCGAGAGGACAGAUUUCAGGGUUUCUGCUGAAAAUCACCUUCCUUGGCUGAGAUCCUGUCUCCAAAGGUUGUCACCUCUCAUGUGCACUUCCCAGCACUGAAACCUCCUCACUUUUGCUUCCACAGACAUGCAAACACACAGCCAAAAGGCCACUGCAGUCUCAGGAAUCACCAGUUUCCAUUGCUCACGGACCUUGUAUGGUCAGACACACGUUUUAGGCAGAGAAGCAGCAUUUCAUUACAGUUUAGUCAACACCCUGAGCACAGAGCUACAAAACACAGUGUAAGCUACCUAUUCUGUACCUGCCUGGAGAAGCUUCAGGCAAGAUGUAGGUUCUGUUUUCACCAGCUUACAUCCCAAAACUUUGGGUGAAUGGUUGGGAAUUCUGCAACAUUGAGAUGAAUAAAUGAUAAUGCAGCUUUGGAGUGAGAAGACUGUUAAACUGGAAUUAUCCUCCAAGUCCAGGGCCUUGAUGUUAUGAGGAGCCACCUUGCUUUCACUCACCAUGGAGGUAACGCAAAAAUACCCCC